AUGAGUGGUUUUGGACGGGCUCUGAAGUCUAAGAAGCUUACUCUUCAAUUCAAUGUCCCAUAUCAGAUUGCCCGACGAGUUGGAGUUGUUGCCUACAUGGUGGCCUUACCACCGUCUCUUUCAAAUCUGCAUGAUAUUUUUCAUGUAUCCCAGCUUCGAAAGUAUAUUCUCGAUCCAUCUCAUAAAAACCGGAUGGAUGAUGUGCAAUUGAGGGAUAAUCUAACUGUUGAGGCAUCACCUAUAAGGAUUGAGGAUCGAGAAGUGAAGCAGCUAAAGAGUAAGGAGAUUGCUCUAAUGAAGUUUAUUGGGGGAGGACCCGCUGGAGAGGGCUUGAAGUAUGAGGUGGAGUGUCGGAUGAAACAGUCUUAUCCAAAUCUGUUUUCGUCAUGUAAUUUUCGAGGGCGAAUAUCUUUUAAGAGGGGGAGAGUUGUAACACCAUAA